AUGUCCCAUCAACACACACUGCCAGUGACUGUUCCAGCUGUGAUUCAGGAAUCUCUCAAGACUGUGUGUUCUCCAGCUCAUACCCAUCAGGAACAAACAAAGCAACCGACUCCCCAUCCUGCACAAUGCCAGGUCUUCACUGAGACUCAAAAGAAGGGCAUUCCUAAACAUGAAAAGAAGGGGAAAAACCCUGUGGAGGAUCUGCCUGAGCAAGAGUGUGAACAGCAGCAGCAGCAGCAGCCAGGACCACAAAAGCAGCAACUGCAGGUGAAAAAGCCACAGCAGGAGCUACAGGAACAGGAACUGCAUCCAGAGAAGCAGCAGCUACCACAGGAGCCCCAGGGGCUCCUGUGCUUGGGACAGCAACAGCACCAAGAGCUACAAGAGCAAGAAUGUCAUCUCAGACAGCAGCAGCAGCAGCAAGACAUGCUGGCACCCCAGGAGCUGCAUCUGAGACAGCACCAGAAGGACAAGCUGCAGGAUCCAGAACUGCAUCUGGGUCAGCAGCAGAAAACUCCAGAGGAGCAAGAACUGAUUCCAGGAGAAACGCAUCAGAAAUUGCACCUGAGACAAAGGCACCAGGAGCCACAGGAGCAGGAGCUGCAGCUGGGACAGAGGCAGAAGCAACAGCAACCACAAGAACAGGAGCAGCAGUUGGCACAGCACCAGAAGCAGAAGCUGCAUGAAACAGAACUGUACCUGGGGAAGCAGCAACAUCAGGAGUCACAUGAUCCAGAACUACUACACCUGGGAAAGCAGCAGCAUCAGGAGUCACAUGACCCAGAACUGCACCUGGGAAAGCAGCAGCAUCAGAAGUCACAUGACCCAGAACUGCACCUGGGAAAGCAGCAGCAUCAGGAGUCACAUGACCCAGAACUGCACCUGGGAAAGCAGCAGCAUCAGGAAAAGCAGCAGCAUCAGGAGUCACAUGACCCAGAACUGCACCUGGGAAAGCAGCAGCAUCAGGAGUCACAUGACCCAGAACUGCACCAGGGAAAGCAGCAGCAUCAGAAGUCACAUAAGCCAGAACUGCACCUGGGAAAGCAGCAGCAUCAGGAGUCACAUAAGCCAGAACUGCACCUCGGAGAGAAGCAGCAUCAGGAGUCACAUGACCCAGAACUGCACCUGGGAAAGCAGCAGCAUCAGGAGUCACAUGACCCAGAACUGCACCGGGGAAAGCAGCAGCAUCAGGAGUCACAUGACCCAGAACUGCACCUGGGAAAGCAGCAGCAUCAGGAGUCACAUAAGCCAGAACUGCACUUGGGAGAGAAGCAGCAUCAGGAGUCACAUGACCCAGAACUGCACCUGGGAAAGCAUCAGGAGUCACAUGAGCCAGAUAUAGCAGAGGAUCAGAAAGAGAAGCAGAAAGUUUGUGAGCCAGAACUACACCUGGGAAAGCAGCAGCAACAGGUAGAGCAUGAAGGCUGUCAGGGAUCAAAAAGCCUGGGUCAGUCACUUAAGCAAGAGAAAGCUUCAGGGAAUCAGCAGCUGGAUGACUCACAUCUAGUACAGGAAACGGAACUCUUGGACCAGCCACUGGAUCAAGAACUAGCAAAGAAGGAUGAGCAACUGGAAAGGAAGAAGCACAAACUGGAGAACCUAACACAGCAGAAGCAGAUAGAGCAAUUAGUACCAAGUACUGACCGAGUCCAAGAGACUAAGUUAGUCCAACCAGUAAAAGGAGAAGACUUGCUUGCUACAAAGAAGCAGCAGCAGAACCAUGAAGUGCAGUGA